AUGAUUUUGGAAAUGGGUCCUUUUCACGUACUGAACAAGGAUGAAGACCCACAUUGGUUCAAAGCAGAACUCGAUGGCGUCGAAGGAUUUGUUCCGUCGAACUAUAUUCGAAUGCACGAUAGUCCAUGGUAUUUGGGAAAGAUUUCGCGAUUGGAUGCUGAGACACUGCUAAAGAAGCAGGGGACACGUGAUGGUAAUUUUCUAGUCCGACAGUGCGAGAGUUCUCCUGGUGACUUUAGUAUUUCCGUCAAGUGGGUUUUGUUUCACGAAUACUCAUUAGUGAUACACGCACUGGAACCCUUUCAUACCAUUGUCAGAGUAUGA